GUGGAGAGAACACAGGGUAAGCUUCUGACCAUUCUCCCAUGUUUACACAAGGCAUAAUAAUACUCUUUGUAUAACCUAACAAAAAAAACUUUAUUGCAAGACUGACAUACAAACUGGAAGGGAAAUGUCGCCAAGGAGGAUCUGAAAUAGAUGUGGUGUUUAAGCAUGAAGCAGCUUUGUCACUUAUUCGUAAGUCACCAUCUGAUUAUCAGUUUCUGAAGAAGGACGAAAUCAUCGAAUUGAUCGCAAAGAAUUGUAACAAAAAAUAUGCUGCGGAGUUGAAUGUCGCAUGGAAAAAAGUGGGGGACAGUGAUUCAGACAUGCAUCCGAGAGCGACAGUGCUCACCCUGUGGGACCGAUCAGCAUUCGAGAAAUGAUGUUGUCCUUCGAAGCUUGCCAUUUUGAUAUCGUGCAAACAACAAAGGCACAAAACUUCUGAAAGCAUUUUGUCCUACUGUUUUCCAAAUCUUCAGUCUCCGCCAUGGAACUUUUAUUAGUUUAGUAGAUAUAUCGUGGAGACUUGGUUACACUCCUAACUACAUUCAUGUUUAUUCUGCAAACCCAGUCAAUCUUUUGCAUAAUGACCGCAGUUUUUAUGUUUAUGACAAUGACAACAUUUAUGUCUAUGUUUGGGACAUAACAGUUAUGGUUAUAGAUUAUAUUAAAUCCCAUUUAAAUUAUGACAGAAAUAGUAUCCCGCAGCAGAGCGCGGGCUGAAUCCUAGUAUAUAUAUAAGUAAUACACUUAUGGUAUAUGUAGUAUGUUUGGAAUACACCCUACACGCUUUUCAUCUUUCCAUAAAUAAAAAAAUUUACUUAAUUUAGAGUUCUAUUCGCUUUUCAUCGGGAGAAAUAUUCCGAUACCACUGCACUUUUUUUGACAAUUCGCCUGUAUAUUAUUAAAAUCAAACUUCAGGUGUUACAGAUCUUGCAAAAGUUGAGGUACUAAAAAGACAAGAGGCCGAGAUAGCUAGGCUUCUGUAUCCUCCCAUCGACAUUUCGUUCCGGCCAUGACAUGGGCUCUUUCAUUCCCCUUUCUUCCAAAAAAAACGCAAUUCAAUACCUCCUCUUCUUCUUGCCCAGUCACAGAUUUCUUCACAAAUGCCCUGGAUUUCCAAAUUCGUAGUGUCCGGUCUCUCCAGCUUCUGAAUUGGAGAUUGAAAGUCACUCUCCAUCAGCAUCGGGUCGAAAUGAUUCGACAUUGCCAGUUUCAAACCCCACAUCAUCGCUUGUGCUUCCGCCAUCUCCGGUGACCAAGUCGUUCGGGUCCGGUGAGCCCCGCAUGUGGAAAUCCCCCUGCUCAUACCUUAUGACGAGGUCGUACCUCGUUCCUCCCUCAGGCAGACAUGCAACAUCAGUGUGAACCUUGAAGAAACCCUACGGUGGUGGUUCCCAUAUGUAUCACGGUCGCGGGAUUUCUCUUCCCUGUCCCCUGUCGUGUUCUCGUUGGUACUCUUCCAGGUAAUCCUGUGCUCUUUUUGCUAUCUCUCAUUCCUCUAGUUUAUGAUUGUUGAACAUGUGAUUGUUACGCUCCUUCCAUAGAAACCAUAGGAUAAUCAGAACUUGAGGAAGCUCCUCUUCACUUGUACUGUCUAUAAGUUCACAUAACCAUUCCUCGCAUCUUUUUCCUUCCCCCAUAGAGAAAAACUUGGCUAGGAAACUAGGGCGCCAUAUCCUUCCUGCCCAAUCACAAUCUAGCACAAUGGUUUAUGUUCGACUGCAUAAGAAACAUAGUGGCAUAUAAUGAAGAUGAUGUGAUGUGCAUCGCCAUGUUUCGAUCAACAUCCAAGUCGUCAAUCUCAAUUUUCAGAAAUAUAGAACAAGUAGUGGCAAAAGCACACACUUAUUACUUCAAAUCAAAGGUUUAGGAAACCCUAUUGUACGUAGUUUUACCGGUAGAAAACGGUCCAAUCACGAUUAAAUCAGGGUUUUAGUACAAAAUAAUCUUCCACUCACUCUUUUUUUAUAAUCUUCAGUACGGUUUUCUAAACAUUGCUUCAAAAAAAUCUUGGACUCUUGACUUUGUAUUAUGUAGUACUUCUCGACUGAAUCUAAGUAGGGGUGGGAAUCGGUUUUCCGGUUAUACAAUAACCAACGAUAUCGGUACGCGUUAGAAGAAAUUUGGGGAUCGGUAUACCUGAUACAACCCGAUUAAUAACCAACGGUUAGCCGAUUAUACCGACAUACUGAUAACAUAUCUCUGCCAACCCCUUCCCAAUCCCCACCCUUGCUACAACAGCUUCCCUUCUCUCUAAUCACCCUCACUCCCUUCUAGAUUUUCCCUUCUCAGCCUCAAACCGAAUUCAAUCUCCAUAUCUCCCCUAACCCACAAUUUGUUGCCACCGUAAUGGAGAGGCGCUCCACGCGAUUUGUUGAAAUUAGAUCCGCCGUCGUAAAUGGAGAUUCAGCGGAUGACUGCAUUCGGGAGAUUCAAAGUUUCUACCUUCAUUCCCGAGUUCGAUCCCAACCUCCGACGGUGGAUUUGGAGAUUCUGCGGAUGACUGCAUGCGGGAGAUAGAGGGUCGUCGCACGCCGAAGAUGGUGCUUUGCCUCGGAAGUGUCCCAGUCGCCUGCUGCUUCUGUUCUCCGUGCUCUGCAGAGAGUGGGUCGGAUGGGAAAGAAGAUGAAGACGGAGAAAGAGGAAUGCAUUACCGGUUUUCGGAUAACCGAGAACGGUAACCGUUACUGGCAAGCCGGUUAACCGCCAAUUACUCGAUACCAGUAGCCAGAAGUUGCAAUGGGCAUAUCGGUAAUAUCGAUAACCGAUAAUUCGAGGACCGGUAUAACCGAUAUCGACUGAUUACCAGGCCUAUGACUAAGCUAAUUUGUCAGCUACCCCCUUGCAUUUGGGCGGGUCUUGUUGUCUUGUCUCCAUGUGAGCUCUGCUAAUCCCAGUUAUGAAAAGUAAUCAUUUUCAUCAUAUGCAUUAUUAUACACUAGUUUGGUGGCUAAUACCAGUACAAAACUUCUUAACUAACAAGAACAUUAUACAAUGAAUAUUAUACACAAGAGAAUGCGUUGACCUCUCUAUAACAACCACUCCUAACCCUUCCCGAAUAAGGAACCUGCUCCUAUGAAUUGGUAGUUAUAGUUACUAUAAUCCAUUAAAGAAUUACAUUAGCUGAUGCAAAAAUAAUAGGGCUGGAAUGUCCAAUAUCGCGAUUCAUGAUGUUCUAAUUAUAGAUAAAAACAUAUAUAAACUAGUACACAAAUUGAUUCAUGACGUUCUAAUUAUAUUAGGUGAUUACGUACAGCUAGCAGACCAUCUCUAUAAUUUAGAACCCUGCCAUCGACUUACACCACAGAUCCAUUGAUUUCCCAUCAUCAAUGGCUCUACUGCUGGAUUAUUUCUCCGCCAUCGCCUCAACCACAAUGAUUACUGCACUAAUCAUAUUAUUACUACUCCGAAACAAACCAGCAGCCGCAACCAGCAGAUCCCACUUGCCGAGGAAAUUACCACCGGGCCCACGGAAGCUGCCGGUGAUUGGAAACCUCCACCAGCUUAUCGGCAAGCUUCCCCACCGCGGGCUGCGCGAUCUGGCCCACAAACACGGCCCACACGUCAUGGGCCUCCAGCUCGGCGAGCUCCCCUACAUCGUGAUUUCGAGCCCGGAAGCCGCCGGCGAGGUGAUGAAAGCCCACGACCCGAGCUUCGCGACGCGGCCGCGGCUCCUGCUCUCCGACGUCGUAUUCUACGGCGCCAAGGACAUCGGCCUGGCGCCUUACGGCUCCCACUGGCGGCAGCUACGCAAGAUCUGCGUGGUCGAGCUGCUGAGCUCCAAGAGAGUCCUCUCUUUCCGCCCCGUCAGGGAAUCCGAAGCCGCCAAGCUCGUCGCCGCCGUCGUCAGCGCCGGCGCCGGCUGUGUAGACGUCGGCAAGCUUUUGCGGUCGUCGACGAGCAGCCUUGUCUUCAGGGCGGCGUUCGGGAUGGCGGCGAGUGAUACGGAAGCGAAGUUCACGGAGAUCAUUUCCCGGGUUUCGAGCGGUUUCGCGGUAUCGAAUCUGUUCCCUUCUGUUAAGUUCCUUCCGGCGUUGACCGGGUAUCGAUCGUGCCUUACCAAGUUGCAUUUAGCGGCGGACGGGAUGCUUGAGGCCAUCAUUAACGAACACAAAGCCCGACGCCGGAACAUUUGUGCCGGUUCCGAGGCUGCAUCCGAUCGUAAUUGUUAUUCCGAGGAUCUUGUGGAUAUUCUGCUUAAUCUUCAGGACGAUGGAAGUCAUGAAUUGAAUUUCCCAUUGACCACCGAAGCCAUCAAAGCGGUCAUUUUGGACAUAUUUAUUGGUGGUAUCGAAACCGGCUCAACAACACUGGAGUGGAUCAUGUCGGAAUUGAUGAGACAUCCAAGCGUGAUGCGGAAAGCACAAGACGAGGUGAGACGAACGUUUCGCGGCAGAGUGAACGUCGGCGAGGAGGAUGUUGGUAGUCUUACUUAUUUGGAUUUAGUUAUUCAAGAGAGUUUAAGAUUGCACCCUCCGCUUCCUUUACUUCUCCCCAGAGAAGCCCGGGAGAGGGUGGAGAUCCUUGGCUACGAGAUCCCUUCCCAAACUAAAGUCAUCGUUAAUGCCUGGGCCAUCGGGCGAGAUCCCCGUGCUUGGAAGGAAGCUGAUAAAUUCAUUCCGGAAAGGUUCCUCGACCGUCCAAACGAUUCUAAGGGAAAUAAUUUGGAAUUCAUCCCUUUCGGUUUCGGAAGGAGGAUGUGUCCCGGAAUGUCAUUUGGAUUAGCUACCGUGAAACUGAUGUUGACAAAUCUGCUAUAUCAUUUCAAUUGGAAACUCCCCAGUGGAAUUACCCAUGAGAAUUUUGACAUGACCGAGCGUGCUGGUGUUGGACUUAGAAGAUACCAUAGUCUGCACUUGAUUCCAGUCGCAUAUGAUGCCAUGCUUUGAGAGGAUGACAAAAACAGAAGACACUUCUUGAAAAAAGAUAGAGAUUCAUGUUCAUCGUACUCAUUUCAAUGUUUAAAUUCUUAAUUAAUUAAUCUGUUAGUUACGUUUCUAUGUGUCUGACAUUUAUGUACUUAGUUUCCUAAUUACUAUGUUGUUGCGUAAGAUUGGAGAACAUUGUCUAUUGUAAACCCGUUUGUGCCUCAAUAUAUAUUGUGUGAAUGGCGAGAAAUAUCGUAAUCGAUGAUAGCCAAAAAUUGAAAGCAGGAUUGGGAGCCUCUAUUGAAUGUUCUCCUACCGGUAGGCUAUGGCCGAGCGAUGCAAGAUAAUCCGCGACUACAUUGCCUUCUCGAAACACAUGAACUAUGUUGACCUGCCAUUCCAGCGCAAGGAGCUUCCGAGCUGCCGCGACCAAUAAGUAGUGCGGGUGUCUUACCGUGGCUGACUGCAACAACUGAAUUGCUAUACUUGAGUAAGUUUGUAGUACCACCUGACGAACGCCAGCAUCCCAAGCGAUUUUUAGGCCAUAAUCCCCGCCAAUUCAGCGCGGGUUAUGGAGCCUCCUCCAAGAUUCACCGUAAAAGCUCGAAUUAAUCGACCAUCAUCCGCCGCAUUUGCCACAUCCGCUUGAUGAGAUUCUAGCAUAAACUUUUGGGUUUUCGUGAUAGUGAUCAGCAAAUUCAUAUAACCAAGUGAUAAUAAUUCUGAAAAAUAAAUUUCUCCCUCAAAUAUCAUUAUCAAAUCUAAUGGCUGAAUAAAUGAAAUACAGGUUC